AUGAUGGAAUAUGACUUAUCUCGUAUCGAUUAUACACUUUGUGGUAUAACAUAUCCAGAUACAUUAAAAAUAUUACCUAGUACAGGAGAAAAACGGCAACAAAAAUUUGCAAUUGGAGAUAAAAACGGCAUAUUGCAAUGUUUGAGCAUAAGGGAUGAGGAACCGUGUAUUCAUUUUAAAACACUGCCGGGUAAACCAAUAACUUGUGUCCAUUUGGCCUUAUCUUCAGGAAUGAACACUGACAAAAUAUUUGCCGCUUCUGGGAAUGAAGUAAAAGGUUACACGAGAAAAGGAAAGUUGUUCUGUGCCAUUGAAACCUCAGUGUCAGAAACUAUAACAUCCAUGUGUGUUAUUGGAAAUGAUAUAAUAAUAUGUAGCGGUCGCAGUAUAUCAUACUACAAAGACUUACGUGAAAUGAAUAGUUACAUGUGUGAAGACCGGGUCCUGGAUGUAGCUGCUUUUACAGCUCCUAAUAGCACACGUGUACGAUUGCUAUUGCUUAUUGCAAACAAAGGCGCAAUAGUUGUUGAGAGCGGUCAUCUCGUUACUCGUAUGUUUGUUCGCUCCGGUCCCUCCCGUCUGGCAGUACCACUCACAUCACGGUCGACUGAAAUAUGUGCGUAUUACGGAGCCGCUGAUGGUUCGAUAGGAUUCCUAACAUAUAAUGAACCGGAUCUAAAGAGUCAAUGCCUCGUGGAUGGACACGAGCUAGGUCCAGUGACGUGCCUGGGUUGGUUCACCAAUCAUCUCGGAUCACAUCUGAGUGUAGGACGGCACGACGGGUCCAUUCAACUAUAUCUUAUCAACGUCGACAACGUCGAUGAUGUUCCGAGGCUUAAAUUCACCUAUUUUUGCGGAGAACCAGUCACGUCUGUGAAUGGAGGAUGCAUUGGUGGCGAAGAAUACGAGUUACUAGUGGCUACAUUCUCUGGUAGAAUCUUCGGACUCAGAUCUCGUAACUUAUUGGAGUCUGCUGGAGUUAAUAGCAUUCCUGCAGAUGCCCUUGUAUCGCGACGUGCCAAACUUGAGCACGAGGUGGCUCGCUUGGAGAAACAAACAGCGAACGAGAGAGAUAAAUAUCAGAAGAGCACGCGUUCCUUACAGAGCGGGGUGUCUGUACCACCGCUGUUGGAUGUAGAAUACGAGUUAACAGGUACAACAAAGAAGGGGUGGCUAGAAGCAAGAUUUAUUUCGGCUGUGCCAUUGGAUAUGUUAUUUAUAUAUUGCAGCAAUCAAAUGGAAGUGCACACAGAUAACGUUGCAGUUUUAAACAUAUGUCCUCCACAGGAUGAGCACUCUUCAGAUCUAUUAGCCACUGUGAGAUGCCAGUCCGGGACGAAGCGUCUCUGGAUACGACUACGACCUCUUCAUGAGGCCGUAGUAACUGGCAGUACCAAAGUACUUGUGUACCUGCUGCCAGCAGGAGCUCCUAGAGUAGCACGAAAACUAACCUUUCAGUUUCCUGUUCUACCAUAUUAUACCCAACAUGAAGGCGGUAAAUUGGACGAAAAAAGAUCUUGGUGCGAACUCAAAGUAACAGGAAAGUUUUCAGUAGCUGAAGUAACAUCAUGGCUCAGUGAGGCACUUACAGGAAACCUCCCUAGACCGUCAAAUAACGUUUAUGUGGCGAGGUCUCACACCUUAUUACGCACCGUCAUCAUUUGCCGAUAUCAGCGUAGUCUGGCAACAUUUAAAACGGAUGAUAUUUCAGCAAUAGCAGUUUUCAAAGACUUAAUAACAAGUUGCACAACUAGAAAAGGAUUCUCCGUUGACAUAUCAACUGAUAUUCCGAAGGAUUGCUGCUUGUCGUCUUUAAUGAAUAUAAAAGAAACCAUUAAAUCGGAAUAUAAAAUAAAACAAGAAAAUUGUUUACGACAAGCAAUAAGUAAACUUAAUUUAAGCACAACCGUUAGCGAUAGUGAAAAACCUCGGCUUUGUGCAGAAUACUUACGGAUUUGGGCUUCAAUGGACCAAUCAAGCGAAUCAUGUUAUGAUGAAAUUUCAAGUAUACUGGAGAGAUGGUACAAAGACUGGUGUAAGCUAACACUGCAUGGAAGAAAUCAUAGCACGAUUGCAAAUUUACAGGAAGCACUGAAAACAUUUAAAAUAUAUGAAAUUGAAGAAAUUUUUACAUUUAAAUAAUAAUUAAUCAAUAGGAUUUCAUCCUCUAUACCAGCGGCACACCGUCUAUGUGAUCAUGAAUAUAAUCUUUCAUCAAUGUAUUCUUUCUGGCCACUUCAGCUGAACAAAGGCAAAAUAUGCAUUUGAACACAGUAAAAGUAACACGUGAUGAUCUGCCGUAGACACUUAGAAAAAUUGGCGCAAUUAAAACAAAAUUUUCCAUGGUUAGCUGUUAUUUACAAAAAAACAGUAUCAAUAUCAAGUCUCACAAAGCACGUCUUCCAGUCCGCCUCAGACACCUCUUCUAUAACCUACUCGAACGCUGACGGACUGUCCGGCGACAGUGCUUAGAAAACUGUAUCCCUUUGAGCAGAUUUGUUAUUGCACCCUCCCAGGAGUUUGACCGGUAUGCUGUCAUAUCGUUUUGAGGUCUGAGUGGGCCGGUGCGUUAUUUUGGUGAAGCCCAACGAACCUUAUGUACAGUCGCUUGUUGCUCAAUGCGAUGGUACCAUUCAACUAUUUUGUAGCAUACCAUUCGGCAUUUUAUAGUGGUAUUGAAGCCAAUUACUUACUUAUUUACAUUAUUAAAAUACUACCAAUCAAAUCUUACCCGCGCGAUCGAGAUCGAGAUCGCUUCAAUUUGGUAGGCGUUGGUUCGUUUUGAAACACCCAGACUGUCGUUUGGCACUUCGUUUAUAGAUCGUAUAAAUAAAUAUAAGAAUCUACACCUCUGACGAUGUGAUAAGAACGCCGAGACAUGCCAGCUUCAAAUUUAUUAUUAGUGUCGUGGCACCAUUCAACACGGGUAUGCUUCGGAGCAUCGUUCAGGUUUUGCGGUACUCAGCGGGAAACUAUCCUCCUCACAUGAAGAUACUUGUCUAAAAUAUCUGAACCCUUCCCGAUCCAAUCUAAAGUUCCUAUGUACUGGAUCUCUUGGUAUGUAAUUCGCUUAAUUUCUUGAAUUAAUUUUUUUACUGCGAUCUCGUUUUCUUUCGUAACAGCAAUUGUUGGCGAUGGUUCCAUCUGGCAUAACAAUCAUAGAUAAUACGAAAAUAAAAAAAUUGUAUUUAAAAUUAGAAUUUUUAUAUGAACCCGCCCCUGAAUAUGCGAGGCGUCCAUUACCGCCCAUGCGUAAUACCACGCGCGCUCGAGAUACUUUUUUGUAUUUUGUAUUAUAGUUACUGCUACCAAUAAAUGAUUACAUCCA